UAUCAAACUAUAGCAUUAAUAACUAGUUAUAUAUAAAUUAAUUCAGAAUUUAACUUAUUUAAGUUAUUGCUACUUUAUAACUUAUAACUAUAAGUUAUAUAAGCAAUUUACAGUUACAAAUUACUUAAUACAUGAGUAUUCAAACUGAUGAGCUCUUUAUGCUAUGAACUGAGAGAAUGAUGAGUGGAUGUGAGAAUCAUUAUCAAGAUAUUGAAUAGACCUGUAUUAAAAAGUUGUUGGAAGAUACAUACCAAUUUCUGUGAUUUUAAACUGCUCACUACUUCCAAGAAUAGAUCAUCAUGUCUGCAUUAAACAAUGAUUCUGCUGGAUACAGUGAACUAAACCAGUAUCAGAUGAAAGCAAAUCAGGUUACUGAUGAGUCUCUGGAAUCCACAAGACGAAUGCUAACAUUAUGUGAAGAGAGCCAAGAUGUAGGGGUAAAAACAUUGGUUAUGUUGGAUGAACAAGGGGAACAACUGGACAGAGUUGAAGAGAACAUGGACAAAAUUAAUGCAGAUAUGAAAGAAGCCGAGAAAAACCUAACAGGAAUGGAGAAAUGUUGUGGUUUGUGUGUUUGCCCCUGGGCCAAAGUAAAAACGUUUCGAGAAAAUAUGAGCACCUGGAAAGGUAAUGAGGAUGGGAAGGUUGUAGGUGAUCAACCAGCAAGGGUUGUAGAUGGAAGGAAUGGAGCAAGUUCUAAAGGAGGUUAUAUUACCAAGAUCACAAAUGAUGCACGGGAAGAUGAAAUGGAGGAAAACAUCCAGCAGGUAGGUACAAUAGUUGGAAACCUGCGAAACAUGGCGAUUGACAUGGGAAGUGAACUUGACUCUCAAAAUUCUCAGCUUACAAGAAUAAAUCAAAAAGCAGAGUCAAACGAGAUGCGUAUCGAGGGUGCUAACAAGAGGGCCUACAAGCUGAUGAAGUGAUCAUUCUUCUCACCUUCUUUGAUACAUUCCAGGCACAGACAAAUGAAUGGUGUAUUAUUACCAAAUGUCAUCCUAAAAAAUAACUAAACUCUUUAAAGAUUACAACACUGUUGACACAAAUGUCUUUCUCCUCCAGAUACAAAUGUAAUGUGUUUUCUGUGUAACUCUCAAAUUGUUUUAAUCCCCCUCCCCCCAAAAAAAAAUUGUAGUUUAACUUCAGUAUGAUAAGUAUCUAAUUAUGAUAUAGGAUUCUAAAUGUGAUUGUAGAUGUUUCAUAUUUGUUCCCAUAACUAGAGUUUGCUUGGAAUACGUUUCUUUGAACCCUAUUCCCAUUUGUAAAUUGAUGUAGUAGUUUUCAAACUAAUAAUAGUAAUAUUACCAGAAUUGGUCGAUUUAUGAGGAAUAACUGUAUUCAUACUUUUGCAGUUAAUAGAUUCAAAGGUUCGUUCUUUUGGUUCGAUGUGUUGAAUUUGAAAUGCUGCAACAAAUUUUGUAAUUGUUAAGUUAAGAAAAUGUAAUCCAGCAUAUUCUGCAGUAAGAAUUUAGUUAACAAUGUGGUUGUGGGUAUAUUUUAUCUCAUGUAGAAACUACAGAUGUUUUGAGCUAGCUAUGGCUGUCAUUUUUGUAAAAAUUGUCUACUUGGGCUGCAAUUUUGUGUAUGUAAUACAAACUUAUUGUUCAGCUCACCAUACUGUUUCAACACUAAUACUGUGAGUAUUUUGUGACAUCUGAAUUUAAAUUAGUGUCUACAACAAUGGUUAUUUUGUACAGUAGGUUUUAAGACUCACCAUACUGUUUCAACACUAAUACUGUGAGUAUUUUAUGACAUCUAAAUUUAAAUUAGUGUCUACAACAAUGGUUAUUUUGUACAGUAGGUUUUAAGACUCACCAUACUGUUUCAACACUAAUACUGUGAGUAUUUUAUGACAUCUAAAUUUAAAUUAGUGUCUACAACAAUGGUUAUUUUAUACAGUAUGUUUUAAGAAAUACGUUGUGAUAAAAAAUCUCCAAGAUAUUUUAAUAAGAUGGGAUUUUCACGUAUUCUCUAGCAUUGGGUGCGAGUUUUAAUUCAUUAUUUCUUCAGCUUAUACUGUCCUGUAUAAAAACUGGGAAUAAGCAGUCCAAAUCAUUUAACGCAACCACAGAGUUAUCAUUUAACACAUCACAGAUGGUAAUUUUCUUUAGAAAAUAAGGUACUGUUUAUGUUAUGAAUACAUGUAUAUUAUAUGUAUUUGUGUAACACAAAGCUUUUUUUAUAAGAUCUACAACAAAACGUAUAUUUAAACUUCUGAAGCGUAACAUAAAAUGUUUUGAUUACUCUUGAUAUAAAUAUUUCAAAAUAAUAGCUAUUUAUUAUCAACAUUAAAAAGUUGUUGUUGUUUAUCUUAAACUUAACAAGUACUUUAGCAGUUAACAUGGUUUUCUCAUAAAAUCUAGGGUUCAUCGUACUUGCCUGAAUGUAGAUUUUAAGUAAGAUGUUUCAUUCAUAGACAUACCUUAAUAAGUGUCUUAAAUGUCUCAGCUUGAAAAAAAAAUUAUAUUGAGUGUCUCACUUCUAACUGCAUAUUAAUAGUAACAUCUAAUGCAGUGUUUUCGUACUAUUGUUUGUAUAUCUUACCAAUUUCACAAUGUAAUUCAGCUUAUCUUUUACAGUGUUACAACUUCUUAAUUAUUCCUUGUAAAAUGAUAGCUACAAAAACUGCUUUACUCGGCUUGACCACUACACAGAGAGUAUUACCAAUUUUUAUUAUGUUCUUGGACACUUUUUUUUUUCCCUUAUAGCAGAGAUUCCCAAUCUUUUUGUUCCUCUGUACCCCUUGGCCUUGGGCAUUCUGACAGGUUCCCAUGUACCCCUAAGAUAUAAGGAUCAAAAAUUGAUAAAAUUAUAUUGAUUUUAUAUCAUUUUAUUAUGUGAGCCACUUUGCUCACUUUGUCUGACUGUAGAUUAAAACACCAUAUAAAGUGUAAACCAUGGUUAUACUCAUGUACCCCAUGAGAAGUGCAAAUGUACCCCAGGUUGGGAAUAUCUGCCUUAUAACUUAGAUUUUUGAAAUUAUUAUUUGGCAGUUACUGUGGAAUAUUUUAAUCACAAUAGAUCUUUCAUCCUAGGUAAUAGAGACAAGUUUAAUUCAUUAUCACAUCAAAAGGGAAAAUUACCGGAGAGCAUUUCUAUUAAUCUUAGCUUCCCGGCUCUUAUUAAGAUUACAUAUUUUUAUGCUCGAAGUCUGCCCAGCCACAAAUAUAUUUUGUGUUGUCCGUUUUCAUAAAAAAAUAAUAAUAAUAAUAAUAUGAAUAGUCUAAUUAAUUGUCUUCCCAGAAUCCAUUAUCGUGACAUUCUGUGAAAGAACAAUGCUAAUCACUUAAGACUAGUUUCAUUUUGGUCAUGCUAAUGUUUGAAUGUUAAGGAACUAAACUGCUCUUUAAGUGAUAAUGCAUGUGAAUACUUCUUCGGCUAAGACCCAAAAUAGCUCGCCUCAGUACUUACUAAUAUAUAUAUAUAUAUAUACUAUUUUUGUUUCCAACUCUGUAUUGAAUUAGCAUGCUUUUCGUUCCUUUCUUUAAUAUCAGAUGUAACAAUCGAUCAAACUCUACGUAUCAUUAAUGAUUAAGUCCUGCGCAUAUAUUCGUCGCUAAGAGAUAUAUUUUUGACAACUUUUGAUAACAAAAAGAAAUUCGUACAAGCAAAAUCUUUGUAUUCAACACGUAGAUUACUUCCUUUAGGUAACGCUAAACAUUUUAUAAAUGUGAAGAGUGGUUGGGGUAUAUUUUUGUAAACACUGUAUUCGUAUUUUAACUUGAGAUUUUACUGUCAGUAUAUUGAUUAAGGUGUGUGACUGAAUCUCCCACGUGAUGAAUAAUUACAGUGUUCUCACUGUAGAAUUCUUUUCUACCAUUCUUCGUCCCCCUUGUUUCUGUACUUAAACUGACGUCUAGUCAUAUUCUCAAAGCCAACAUUGUUCCAAAUUAUGUAUUUAUCUGCUGAGGUUCGUAUGACUUCUUAACAAUAGAUACACGUCAUGGUAUUAUAAUAAUACUGAUAACUUAAUACCGAAAUAUUUCCACAAUUGUCGAGAAAUUAAAAGUUAUUUAAGCAACGUUUCAGUAUAUAAAUAUUUUGUUCGAUAUCGAACAACCAGUACGGCUUUUAGAAAGAGUACAACACGUUUUGAAAUUUAUAAAUGGCCCUAACUCGUAGUUACUACACAUGCAUCAAGGCUGUUUAUUUUACGGAUUUUUUUUCUUAUAACGGAAUAAAUCAAAACAGCAGAGUUUCCAUAUGUACUUACCUAAUUUUUAAUUACAUCUAUUUAAAUAUUUAUUAAUAUUUUAGGGCUGGUGUUUAGAUUCCUAAGAAAAAAAAAUGGUUGAGCUCGUAAUGUGCGUCAGUUAUUUACACAUGUUAAAGUGUCAUCAGUUAGGUGUAUUCCGAAUAACAAUAGGUGUUAUUCUACAGACGAUAAUGUGCAGUAUUUCAUUUCUGGUAAACAAAAUAAUAGUAUUUUUUAGGAUCAGAGACACAAAUGUUAUGAUAUUUUCCAGCAGUUUUGUCAUUCGUGUUAGUUCAGCAUGAUAAGUUUUUUUUUGUCGUACUUGUCAAAUAUUUAAGUCAACUUAGACCAGUAAAUAUAAUUUGUCUUCGGUUAUCUAUAGGGAAGUAUUGAUGUUUUCAAAUUGUUUGAAGAUCUGUUUCUAUCUUGUUUUAACAAUAUACAUUUACCUUGUAUUGGAGUUUCUGCGACAUAUAUAAUGAAAGAACACGAUGUUUUCAGAAAUUUCAGAUUAGAUGAUACUUUUGCACGAUAUAAUGUUUGUUUUGUUCCUUUUAAAAGAAAAAUAUUCGUGAAGCAUAUUCGGAUUAAAUCUUUAAACUGCGUAGCGAACGUUAGGUCAGAAAGUUUUGUUGUUAAGUGCAAGGCUACACAAUGGGCUACCAGUGAUGUGCCCGCCACGUGUAUCGAUAUCCGAUUUUUUUAACUUUAUAAACCCUUAAUCUUACCGCUGAGUUACUAGGACUAAUUAGGGAAGUGCUUCCGUGUGAAACUUUACUAAAUAGGGAAGUGCUUCCGUGUAAAGCUUUACUAAAUAGGGAAGUGCUUCCGUGUAAAGCUUUACUAAAUAGGGAAGUGAUUCCGUGUAAAGCUUUACUAAAUAGGGAAGUGAUUCCGUGUAAAGCUUUAUUAAAUAGGGAAGUGCUUCCGUGUAAAGCUUUACUAAAUAGGGAAUUGCUUCCGUGUAAAGCUUUACUAAAUAGGGAAUUGCUUCUGUGUAAAGCUUUACUAAAUAGGGAAGUGAUUCCGUGUAAAGCUUUACUAAAUAGGGAAUUGCUUCUGUGUAAAGCUUUACUAAAUAGGGAAGUGAUUCCGUGUAAAGCUUUAUUAAAUAGUGAAGUGCUUCUGUGUAAAGCUUUACUAAAUAGGGAAGUGCUUCUGUGUGAAGCUUUACCUUUUCCCACCUCGUAAAAACUUCAAAUGCAAAUAAUAAUUAAUAAUUGUUCGAAAGGAUGUACCCACAAUAUUUACUGCUUUUUCAUCGUAAAAUACUGUUUGAUUUUCACGUUUUUUCUGCAGUUCAGCAAAAAGCGAAGGGUUAUAAGAUUCUUUUCGCGGAUCUUACGGCGAUUUUUGGUGUUUCGGUUAAGUUCGUUUCUAAGAGUUUUUAUACAUUUCACAAUACUAUAGAGUUAUACAUUGUACACAACAUCUUAGAACCAAGGUUACUGAAAUAGUUCGUGCAGUCGCAUUUAUACUGAUAAAUGUGUGUCUGUAUGUACUACAUUCAUACGCACACGCUUAGGGCUAGCACGCAAAAUAAAAAAAAUGUUUGGAUAUAAGCGCAUAGGCUUAGAGAGCUAUACAUAGUAUACAACCUACAGCUGUACGGGUUGGUGCACUUAUAUAAAAUCAUAUAACGAACACAUCAAAUGUUCAGUACGUACCCCAUACACCCUCCAUCCUGUCAAUUUGACCAGCAGUUUCCAGGUAAGGUAGAAAAUGAUAGACAGUAGCACAUUCCUCAUCACAUGAUGUUUAGCAUCAUUUUGCUGAAAUGUUAACUUUAGUAGUUGUAACACUCUUGCUGAUCGAUAAGUAAAUGAACAGGCUCAGACAUCAAACUCGUUUUUAAUUGCUAUUCCUAAUAAGGUCGUAAUAAGCAAAUACGGGUUCAAGAUCACUUUUUAGCGCCAUGUAAGAUCGUGCUUUUGUUUUUCACAAACGUGUCACAUAUAUGUUUUUAUAACUUGUAUCAACAGGUAAAGCUAUCAGUUAUAUUAUUUUCCCACAACUUGUACGUGUCUACUUAAGUUAUUUUGUGCCAGAUCCUGUAUGCAUGUACAUAUAUAAGCUAAUUAUUUCUUGCAUUUGUCUGUACAAGCUUUAAAGAUCCCCUUUGUAAUUGCUUUAAUUAAUUUUUUUGCAUUUUUUUCACUAACUCGAGGUUCUACAUUAUCGUUUUAAUAAUUGGUAUAUGGUUCAUGUAAAGAUUUCCGUUAUUGUGCCCAUUUAAUUAAGCUGUUAUCUCAACCUGAAGGUUUAGUAGUGGUAGGUUUGGGGGCUUACAACGUAAGAAAUUGGGGUUCGAUACCUUCGGUGGGCAUAACUCGGAUAGCCUAUUGUGUAAUUUGUUCAUAAACUCCAAACAAAGUUAAUAUUUUCAUGUCUGUUUUCGUUUUAGCUUAAUUGUGCAUGUUAAAUGAGUUAUAACAUGUUAGUUCCAUUAGGUUGGUUGACGACAUACACGCAACUUUGUGCAUUAGUUUUAUGUAUAUAUGUUUGGAUUAUGUGUAUGUAUGGAAAUAAAAUUUUGCUCACGCAAUUGCCAGCCUGCUUUCAAAUCAUUAUUUGGUGGUGUUAUACAUACAUAUGUAUAAUUUAGGGCUAAUGGAACCUUUUCUGAUAAAAUCGUACAGUUAUUGCAUAUUUCAUGAUGUUAAGGUGCGGUUGUGGGUGUGGGUGUGAACCAGCUAAUCAGAGUUGCCUUCUGAAUGUUUAAAGAACCAGGUGUCUCUUCAGAUUUUAAAAAAUAAAAUAAAUUUGUAGUAACAUAAAUUGAGUCUUGUGUUUGAAAAUGUGUUUUGAAAUUAUUGUAUUUACUUCAUGCAGUUGGUAAUAAGAUAGUUAUGUGACUUCCUGUUGAUGAUCACUUAUAAUUUUGAUUUAUGUAUUAAAACACGAUUUAAUAAAAAAAAACAGACCUAAAGGCUUAAAAUAUUGAACAAAAAAUUAUUUUAUUUUGUGGUAAAUAAAGCAACGUUAUUUAGUAA